AUGACUUAUUUUUGGUUGUCACACUACAUAUUAUUUUUGAUUAUUGCGAUCACUACUGCAACUGGAAAUGUUGGUCUUCGCACUCAACAAGGAAUCAUCUAUGGUCGACAAACUCAAAAUUCAAUUGAAUAUUUAGGAAUUCAAUAUGCAAAAGUAGUGAGAUGGAAACCACCAAUGGAUCUUGCAUCAAAAAUGUUUCCAAAUUUUUCUUUACAAGCUACAUCCUUUGGCCCAUGUUGUCCACAACCAAAAACUGAUACUUAUAUUCCUGAACAAGAUGAACAAUGUCUCUAUCUAAACAUCUACAAACCCAUAGUUCCAUCGAAUCACUCUUUAUUGCCAGUUUUCGUUUGGAUUCAUGGUGGUGCUCAUAAAAUAGGAUGUUCAUCACAAAGUAUUCCAUUGAUCUAUAAUGGUACUAAUAUGAUUGCGAAUUCACCAUCAGAUCAACCUGUUAUUAUCAUUACAAUCAACUACCGAUUGGGCGUAUUAGCAGAUAUGUUUUUGAAGGAAUUAAUUGAAGAGAAUCCAGAAUGGCCAACAGCAGGUAAUUAUAUGUACUUAGAUAUGCUAUCUGCACUUCGUUGGAUUAAGAAGAAUAUUCACGAUUAUGGAGGUGACCCAAGUAAUGUUUCACUGUUUGGUCAAAGUUCCGGAGGACUUUCUGUUACUGAUCUUGGUGCAGUGAAAGGAUCAACUGAUCUUUACCGAACGGCAUUAAGUCAGUCUGGUUUAAGUUCACCUGGAACGUAUACGUCUUACUACAGUACGAAUGAUGCUCUCAAUUGUUCUAAUUCAGUUGUUCAGCGAUUGAAUUGUACUAAUGAAGACAAACAAAAAGUUCUUUCAUGUAUACGCAACUCUUCGAUUGAAGAUAUAUUUACAAUAUAUGGUGAUCGUUAUACAAAACCAAUCAUUGAUAAUUAUUUCUUUCCGUUGUAUCCACCUUUAGCAAUUCAAAAUGGGCAAUACAAUAAUAUUAGUCUUAUUAUGGGUAACAAUGAUUAUGACCUAACAGUAUGUCUUGACUAUCCUGAUAUGAAUUAUACUCAGGCUAUAGACUUAAUAAGUCAAUCUAUAGAAAAAAAAUGGAUACCGUCACUCGUGGAUUAUUAUCAUCUGCAAAAUUGUUCAUCAAAUCGAAUGGCUAAUAAUAGUCGUUGCUGUUAUAUCGUUCUUUCGAUGGCAACGGAUAAACUUUUUGAUUGUGACAUUCGUCGAAUAUUCAAUGCUUUUUACUUAAAAUAUGGUCCACAAUACGAACGAAAUAAAUUAUUUUCGUAUCAUCUAAACUGUUAUCCUCAAUGUCCUGUUGUACCUGAAGAGGGCAUAUGCAGACAUUCAGCUGAACUUCCAUUUGUAUUCGGGACUAUUAGUGAUUUUCAUUCAGAAGAAUUAUUCAAUUGUACAUGGGAUAAUCCAACAAGAGUAUUUUCUAAUGAAAUAAUUGCUCAUUGGAUUAAUAUAGCAACAACAGGAAGACCAUUGAGCCAAUGGUCCAGCUAUGAUCCAUCUUCACCUAGACAUUUCCAUAUCACACCUGAUCAGGGAUUCUUAUCUGAAAUAUGGAAUCGAAAUUGUUCGUUUUUUGAUGACAUUGAAGCGGAAGGUGCUCGAGAAGCAUUUAAAAAUAACCAUUACGUUAUUAAACAAACACCUAAAUAA